AAUUUAUUUCUGAUAUUUCUGACUGAAUUGAAGCAGUUACCUCGUUCACACUUAUCGCUGCGGAAGAGAUACGUCACCACUCAGAUGACGGACUGUAAUAAGCCUAUUCCUUUUUAUUACUCCGCGAGCGGUAAUAGAGAGGAAGAUGAGAAAUUAUUGGAACCAAUCAGGUAUAUCCUUCAAGUUCCCGGAAAACAAAAAAGAGCAAAAUUAGCAAAGGCUUUUAAUUACUGGCUAAAGAUAUCGGAUGAUAAAGUCCAAGAAAUCGAUGGUAUAAUAAAUAUGCUCCAUAAUUCAAGCAUUCUGAUUGAUGAUAUUCAAGAUAAUUCCAUUAGGCGAAGGGGCAUUCCUGUUGCACACUCAGUUUAUGGAAUUGCUAGCUCAUUAAAUGCUGCAAGUUAUGUAUUAUUCAUUGCUUUGGAAAAAGUUAUUAAUUUAAAACAUCCAGCGGCAACGCAAGUAUAUAUGGAGCAAACAUUAGAAAUUCAUAGAGGUCAGGGAAUGGAUAUUUUUUGGAGAGAUAAUUUCAUCUGUCCAACUGAGGAAGAUUACAAAACUAUGACAAUAAGAAAAACUGGUGGGCUUUUCAAUUUAGCGGUAAGACUAAUGAAACUAUUUUCAACUUAUGAAGAAGAUUUUUCGUCACUAAUAGCUACUUUGGGAUUAUAUAUUCAAAUACGUGAUGAUUAUUGCAACUUAUGCCUCAGUGAGUACACUGAGAAUAAAAGUUAUUGUGAAGAUUUAACCGAAGGAAAAUUCAGUUUUCCGAUUAUUCAUGCGCUUAGAAGCAAUCCCGACGAUAGGCAAAUAAUAAAUAUUUUACGGCAACGAACAAAGGAUAUCGAAGUGAAACGUCAUUGCAUUAAAUUAUUAGAAAGAUUUGGUUCCUUUGAAUACACGAGAAAUGUACUUGAAGAACUGGAUUCGACUGCGAGAACUGAAAUUGAACGAUUAGGUGGCAAUCCACUCCUGGUGAAGUUCCUAGAUGAGGUUAAGAAUUGGGAUACCCAAGAUGCGCCUAAAGAUCCUUUAACUGGAACGUUCUAAAUUGAAAGUCAUUUUUUUUAA